AGCGCUGAUUUCCCUCUAUUCAUACUAUCUUUUCUAUCAACCCCACAAACCUUUGGCACAAUGAAGUGGGUGACUUUUAUUUCCCUUCUCCUUCUCUUCAGCUCUGCUUAUUCCAGGGGUGUGUUUCGUCGAGAUACACACAAAAGUGAGAUUGCUCAUCGGUUUAAUGAUUUGGGAGAAGAAAAUUUUCAAGGCCUGGUGCUGAUUGCCUUUUCUCAGUAUCUCCAGCAGUGUCCAUUUGAUGAACAUGUAAAAUUAGUGAAGGAACUAACUGAGUUUGCAAAAACAUGUGUUGCUGAUGAGUCACAUGCCGGUUGUGAUAAGUCACUUCACACUCUCUUUGGAGAUGAAUUGUGUAAAGUUGCAACCCUUCGCGAAACCUAUGGUGACAUGGCCGACUGCUGUGAGAAACAAGAGCCUGAAAGAAAUGAAUGCUUCCUGAAACACAAAGAUGAUAGCCCAGACCUCCCUAAACUGAAACCAGAGCCCGAUACUUUGUGUGCCGAGUUUAAGGCAGAUGAAAAGAAGUUUUGGGGAAAAUACCUAUACGAAGUUGCCAGAAGACAUCCCUACUUUUAUGCACCAGAACUCCUUUACUAUGCCAAUAAAUAUAAUGGAGUUUUUCAAGAAUGCUGCCAAGCUGAAGAUAAAGGUGCCUGCCUACUACCAAAGAUUGAAACUAUGAGAGAAAAAGUACUGGCUUCAUCUGCCAGACAGAGACUCAGGUGUGCCAGUAUUCAAAAAUUCGGAGAAAGAGCUUUAAAAGCAUGGUCAGUAGCUCGCCUGAGCCAGAAAUUUCCCAAGGCUGACUUUACAGAUGUUACCAAGAUAGUGACAGAUCUCACUAAGGUCCACAAGGAGUGCUGCCAUGGCGACCUACUUGAAUGCGCAGACGACAGGGCAGAUCUUGCCAAGUACAUAUGUGAUCAUCAAGACACACUCUCCAGUAAACUGAAGGAAUGCUGUGAUAAGCCUGUGUUGGAAAAAUCCCACUGCAUUGCUGAGAUAGAUAAAGAUGCCGUGCCUGAAAACCUGCCCCCAUUAACUGCUGACUUUGCUGAAGAUAAGGAGGUUUGCAAAAACUAUCAGGAAGCAAAAGACGUCUUCCUGGGCUCGUUUUUGUAUGAAUAUUCAAGAAGGCAUCCUGAGUAUGCUGUCUCAGUGCUGUUGAGACUUGCCAAGGAAUAUGAAGCCACACUGGAGGACUGCUGUGCUAAAGAAGAUCCACAUGCAUGCUAUGCCACAGUGUUUGACAAACUUAAGCAUCUUGUGGAUGAGCCUCAGAAUUUAAUCAAAAAAAACUGUGAGCUAUUUGAAAAACAUGGAGAGUAUGGAUUCCAAAAUGCGCUCAUAGUUCGUUACACCAGGAAAGCACCCCAAGUGUCAACUCCAACUCUGGUGGAGAUUUCAAGAAGCCUAGGAAAAGUGGGCACUAAGUGUUGUGCAAAGCCUGAAUCAGAAAGAAUGCCCUGUACCGAAGACUAUCUGAGCUUGAUCCUGAACCGGUUGUGCGUGUUGCACGAGAAGACACCAGUGAGUGAAAAAGUCACCAAGUGCUGCACAGAGUCAUUGGUGAACAGACGGCCAUGUUUCUCUGAUCUGACACUUGACGAAACAUAUGUACCCAAACCCUUCGAUGGUGAAUCUUUCACCUUCCAUGCAGAUAUAUGCACACUUCCUGAUACUGAGAAACAAAUCAAGAAACAAACUGCACUUGUUGAGCUGUUGAAACACAAGCCCAAGGCAACAGAUGAACAACUGAAAACCGUUAUGGAGAAUUUUGUGGCUUUUGUAGACAAGUGCUGCGCAGCUGAUGACAAAGAAGGCUGCUUUCUUCUGGAGGGUCCAAAACUUGUUGCUUCAACUCAAGCAGCCUUAGCCUAAACACGACACAACCACAAGCAUCUCAGCCUACCCUGAGAGUAAGACGGAAGAAGAGAAAUGAAAACUCAGAGCUUAUUCAUCUGUUCUUCUUUUCUGUUGGUGUUAAACCUACACCCUCUCUAAAGAACAUAAAUUUCUUUAAAUAUUUUGCUUCUUUUGUUUGUGCUACAAUUAAUAAAAAAUGAAAAGACUCUAA